GGCCCCGGACCACGUGACGGGGCGAAGCGGCCUCUCCUCUCCUCCUCCGUCGGUCCUUCCUUCCUUCCCAGGGUUCAAUGAGCGCCGUGUGGCCCCACCCCGUCUCUCUUCAGCGCCGUCUCUCUCCCCAAUGUAGCCUACUAUUCUCGGAGAGAGAGAAAAUAAUAACCUCCAAGAAUCGGUUAUUCCUGUCUUUCACCUUCCUCGACCAGCGGCCAGGAGGGGAGCGGCCUUCGCGGUGGGAAUGUGCUGCUACACCGGCCCCGCGUCCUGUUUUCUGCUGAAUGUAAAUGCACAUGUAGAGUCCAGCCUUUAGCAGCGUUCACCCUCCUCGGAUUCAGCAGGAAUAUUCAGAAAUACUCUGAAAUCUACAUGAACGCUGGUGCGCAGAGGCCGUGGAGGCUCCAAACACUGGACGCUGCUUCUUAUGCUUCACCUGCAACAAACGUGGACACAUUUUGAGGGUUUUCCACAUUUUGGUCACGUUUUCUUUUUUCUUUGUAGACUAUUCUUCUCUCUCUGUGUAGAAACAGGAAUUGAUCGGAGGCUGGAUUUUAGAGGAGAGAGUGUCGGUGCGCAGUUUUGGAGGCUCGGCGGUGAUGUGAGGGGCUGAUAACACAUUAGAGCAACAAAAGCACCGAGAGGGAGAGAGAGGAGGCCUUUCUGGAGGAGAAAACGGCCAAAGGAACAGCCGUCAUAAAUAAAGAAAAGGAAAGAAAGGAGGACGGAUCCGGGGACCGUCCCUGCGCUGGAGGAUCCGGAGCUGCUUUCUGGAUUCGGUUCUGACGCGGAGAAUGAGAAGGAUCCGGAUGACGACGGAAGCAGCGACGAUAUCACACAUGUAGCUCGUUCAGAGGGUGUAAAUAUUGUUUCCCCUUCAGCCGUCGGAGGGGGGGAAGGCUGGAGGAACGGGUCGGGGGUAGAAGAGUCCACCUAUGGACGUGUUUUAUCAUGAGAGGCGACGUGGAAACGAGCCGGGCGCGCUUCUCGGACACGCCGAGCUCGGCUCCUCGUCACGGGCAGCAGUGAGACGCGAGACCCGGGCUUCUGGAGAUGCAAAUUAGGGCUGUUUACUGAGCGGUGAAAGCCCGCUGUUUGGUGUCAUAAUUCGUGGAUUGUAACUGUUGGAGAGGUGGGGGGAGAGAAGACGCGCACGGAGGGAGAGAAAAGAGGACGAACAAAACAAAAAGUGGAGUGCAUGUGAAGGAGGAAAAAGCCCUACAGGAUCCAGAAGGCGGCCUCCGUGUCGUCAGCAGCAGUAUCCUGCCCUUUUUCUCUGACAGCACCGGAGAAAAUCAGACUAAAAAUCCGCGUUAUGGACUCCGGAUCAGCAGGAGGACACUUCCCCGGAGGACAGGCGCGUCAGAGCGGGUAAAUGUGGGCAACAUUGUCGCCAAAUCCGCGGGUCAAACGAGGGAUCUAGACUAUUUAUUUUCCUUUCUGCAAACCCCCCACCCUCCUCCACCACUACUUCUUCUUCCAUCUCCUCCUCCUCCUCUUCCCCUGGACCCCCUUUUUUCUUUUUUCUUGCGGGAAGAUGGGUUGUUUGGGCAACAGUAAGACCGAAGACCAGAGAAAUGAGGAGAAGGCACAGAGAGAAGCGAACAAGAAGAUCGAGAAGCAGCUGCAGAAAGACAAGCAGAUCUACAGAGCCACGCACAGACUACUACUGCUGGGAGCUGGAGAGUCGGGAAAGAGCACCAUCGUGAAGCAGAUGAGGAUCCUCCAUGUGAACGGCUUCAAUGCUGAAGAAAAGAAGCAGAAAAUUCAGGACAUCAAGAAUAACAUUAAAGAGGCGAUUGAGACCAUAGUAACCGCUAUGAGCACCCUGACCCCGCCGGUGCAGCUGGCCUGUCCUCAGAACCAGCACCGGAUCGAAUACGUCCUCAACCUGGUCAGCCAGAAGGACUUUGAGUUUCCAUCUGAGUUUUACGACCACGCGAAGACGCUGUGGCAGGACGAGGGGGUCCGGGCGUGCUACGAGAGAUCCAACGAGUACCAGCUGAUCGACUGCGCACAGUACUUUCUAGACAAGAUCGACAUUGUGAAGCAGAGCGACUACACUCCAUCAGAUCAGGAUCUGUUGCGGUGCAGAGUUCUGACAUCAGGGAUCUUCGAGACGAGAUUCCAAGUGGACAAAGUUAAUUUCCACAUGUUCGAUGUCGGCGGUCAGAGAGACGAACGCCGGAAAUGGAUCCAGUGCUUUAACGACGUCACGGCCAUCAUCUUCGUGGUGGCCAGUAGCAGCUACAACAUGGUGAUCCGAGAGGACAAUCAGACCAACCGUUUACAGGAGGCCCUCAACCUCUUCAAGAACAUCUGGAACAACAGGUGGCUGCGGACCAUUUCUGUCAUCUUGUUCCUGAAUAAGCAGGACCUGCUGGCAGAGAAGGUGCUGGCAGGGAAGUCCAAAAUCGAAGAAUACUUUCAUGAAUUUGCUCGCUACACAACGCCUGACGACGCGACACCAGAGCCUGGAGAAGAUCCACGAGUUACGAGAGCAAAAUAUUUCAUAAGAGAUGAAUUCCUGAGGAUCAGCACAGCGAGCGGCGAUGGGAGGCACUACUGCUACCCUCACUUCACCUGCGCCGUCGACACGGAAAACAUCCGCCGCGUCUUCAACGACUGUCGAGACAUCAUCCAGCGGAUGCACCUGCGGCAGUACGAGCUGUUGUGAUGGAGAGGAACGGCCAAAACCAGAAGAACAGACAUGACUAUGAUAAAACCCUGAACUCUCCUCUUCCACAGAAGUGUGUGAGCUCUGCUGACCGAACAGGGCGACGACACACAAACACACACUCACAGUAAACACACCCACACCUUCCUGGAUGCAAACUCCCUACCUGAUGUAGAACGAGCUGCUCUGAUGGAAGAUGACUCAUGAACAGACGCCACAUUCAGAGCUCCUCACCUUUCAGCAGCAUCCCCACACGUUACCUUCUGGAGAGGACUGAGGAGGACGGUUUAGCUGCAGAUGAGGAGGUUUGGGAUGGGAACUAAGUGCAACCUGGAAAGAGAAAACUGUUGAAUAAAGAACAGAUCAGCUGAACACUGUAUCUAAGAUAAAACACAAGCACUGUGCUCAGGACUGGACCGUGGAACACCAAACCUUCCCGUCGCUUACAGACGUCUUUAAAUCAGCCGCAGACUGCUUCACACACAAACGUAUCACACCUGCUUUUUAGCGGACCGCUGGGCUGGAGGCCAGACCAUUUAUCCGGAGCGGCGCUUUGAGAUUCAUCCCCGAGGAGCGGCGUCGGACUGAACGGACCACGGGUGUGCUGGAGACCUCGGCGGGGGUUCACAGGAACAGAUUCGACUCCGGGUGAAUCCCUCUGGUGGACUCGGGACGACUUCUCCACAGAACUGUUUCGCCGCCUGACUUUGCCUUGAUGGUUGUGGAGCAAACAUGUGAGGAGGAUAUAUUGAGUUAAAAUAAAAAAAAAUUAAAAACAGAAACAAAAAUGCCAACUUUUGUGGAACUUCAAACGGAGGGCAGAACGCAUCCUUCCACAGUGCAGAAGCAUAUAAGUUAAAGAGAACUCAUCCUGUUGUGCGUCUCCACAGCUCUUUCUGUGUGGACGUCGUGCCAUCGUGCCCUGUGUGCUCUCUUUCUUUAUCUUUCUGUCUCUCAUCCUCUCUUCUUUCUUUCUUUCUCCUCUCCAUCUUCUCCCCGGCCACUGCCUUCUCAUUUGCACUUCCUGGCGAUGCCUUUCUUCUGUUGUUUUAAGAGAAAAUAAAGUAUUAUAAUCCUGGAGUAUAAAAAAGAAGCUGACAACAACAAACAGGACUCUUUUUCUUUUCUGUUUUUUUUACUCAUGCCUGCUUGCUCCUCCCUCCAUUCCUCCAUCAUUCCUCCCUCGUCCGUCUUUACUUUACUGCUGAACUAUUAUUCUUGUACAGACUGUAAAAUGUAUUAUUUUGUACAACUUUAUUGAGAAAAAAAACGACUUUUAGAAGAUCCCUGUGCCUUGAUCACGACUGUACGUGUGUAAUGAGCUAAAGUGGGUGUCAUACUGCGCUGUAUAGCUUGGCCAAUCCCCUCCCAACGCCCUCGCUUUCCUCCUUUCUCUUUCUUUACCCCUCCUUUUCUCUCUCUCGCUCUCUUUCCUCCGCCCUCGGAGAUGGCGGACGACCAUUCGUAGCUUUUGUAGUUUUAUUUCUCCUCCCCCUUUCCUCCCGUUCUCUCUUUAUGAUUUAAAUGUCUAUUUUUGGAUCCAUAUACCCCAAAAAGAUAAAUAUAUGAAAUGUAUAUGGGUUUUAAAAAAAGUAUUUUAUUAGAAAUCAAAUGAUGAACCUUGACAAAUUGUACACUUGAUAGUGUGCGUAUUGCUAUAACUUAAAUCCUUUCAACUGAA